GUGUAUGUUGUUUGAUGGGUGGUGUGUUUGUGGGGCGUGGCGUAGAUAUCUGAGAUUGGUGACAGAGACAGAGAGAGCUGAGGUUAGAGGCUGAAUGAAUCUGAAAAUUAAGGAGAAACAGGAGAGAGAAGAGAUAUGGGUGACAUAUUAACGUGGCUCAUCUCCUUCUUGCUCCUCUUUUCCUUACUGGCCCUCCUCAUUUACCAGCUAAUGUGCCUGGCAGACCUGGAAUUCGAUUACAUAAAUGCCUAUGACUCCUCUUCUCGAAUCAACAUGGUGGUCUUACCCGAGUUCAUUAUUCAGGCUCUCCUUACCUCUUUCUACCUUGUUAACUCCCAUUGGAUAUUGACACUUCUGUCUCUUCCUUACCUCUGCUUUAAUCUCCAUUUAUAUAGGCAAAGAAAGCAUUUAGUUGAUGUUACAGAGAUAUUCAACAACCUGUCCUGGGAAAAGAAGCACCGCCUCCUCAAACUCAUCUAUCUUGUUUUCUCCCUUUUCAUCUCUCUAUUUUGGAUGAUCUACAACUCACUCGAUUGAACGAUACACGUUUGUUUCUUGAAAUCCAUGCUCCGGACGAUGGGUAUGUGUCGAUAUGUAUGUAUAUGAGUUCAAUUCAUGAAAAUAAGAUAUAGUAAUAAGGAAAAUCAGUAUGAAAAUCCUGCAUACCUUUCAUACUCAUUUGAUCACAUUGGAUUUACUCCAUUAAUUAGUUGCAUGAUAUGGGAAAGUGUUAAUAAUAUCUCGUAG